GAAGAAAUUUAAGAAGAAGAAGACGCAAGCCGCCAAAAUCGAAAGGUUUUCUGCUGAGGAGAGAAGGUAAACAAGCCGCUCGUUCUGUGGUGUUGUAGGAAUUCGCUUUAAUUUGUGCAUAAUUUAUACCCUUAACUGAAAAUGGACCCAACUGCACGGUUCUUUACCAAACUGAGAAAGCUGGCGGUGACUCUCGAGUCAGAAACGGCCAAGCUUCAGCACACCUUUGAAAACCGCAACAACGACGAUGACAGCGAAACCACAGCUAAAGCCAUGCGAGCAUACCACGAACUUAACGGUGACGUCGGGACCCUGAAGGGGCAGAUCCAGGGGCAGAUUGCUCAGCAGAAAGUACAGGCGAAUGAGGUAAGUAACUUCAUUAAGGCCUGUAGAGUGACGGAGCAGAGGCUCGCUAAGGACAUCCACACACUGAAGGAACACUGGGAAAAAUAUGGUUACCAAGCUCCCCGAGACAACCAGAGAACAACCAAGGCCAAAGGUCAGGAGUCAGAAACUGAAGAUGGGGAAACUGAAGAUGAAGUAGCAGAUGAGAAUGAAACUAAGUCAGCGAGAGGAGAGGGGGGAAGCCAGGAGGAGGCUGGAGGUAAUCGCUUCACAUCGCCUCAGACAGCGGGACCGCCGCCCUUUAUUGACUUGCUGCAAACGCCGCAGCUCUCCGACUUCGGUCUGUCUGAGAUGCAGCUGAAGAGAACUCUGGCUGGGUGCUCUGAACUGCCCCCUAUGCCUGAAAUGAGCCUCCCUCUCCCUUCCCUCAACCCGCCCGCACCACCCCCCAUGCCCUUAACCCCCAAAUGUGCCCUGCGGAUGGAUGACGAUGAGCUACAGACACCUCAGAUGUCUGACUUUGGCAUUUCAGAGCACACAAUGUGUCUGAACAACGACUUCACUAUGGAGCUGCUCCGGAAGAAUGUUGAAAAACCCCAAAGACCACCACAAGACAUGCCUCUACCACCAGCAAACGCUCUAAUGGACAGUUUGCACACAAAAGCACAGGACUUGGAGUCCCCAGAGACACCUGUGUUUUGCACCCCGGGGUUCAAGAUCAAAAAGACAAACCGGCACAGCUCCCCACUUGCGCAAAGCAAUGGUGACCCAGAAUCCCCCGAUCGCCUUAAAAACCUGCCCACCACCCCCGAGAUCCCAGCAUUUAAAACCCCUUACGUGAACCGACUUGUCAGCAACAAAAAGAGUGCACGGCAGCCUGAGCCUAUCAACAUGCAAGCUGAUGAGGAAACCAAGACUUCAACACAUCGUAACGUUGGAGCAACCGGCUCCAAACGCCCAUGGGAAUACAAUAUGCCAGACAUAUCCAUCAUGGGUGUGGAGGACAAUCAGAUGCCAGAGAUGCCAAACCUGGAGUCUGAUUUGGGAAAUUCUUUACAAACUAGAAGUGCAAAAAUGCUCAAAACUAUGGAGCCCAUUGUCCACAACCUGGAGCUGGAUGGACCCACCCAGGAAUUCAGCUUGGGGACACCUCGCAUCAGGAUGGACUACCAAGAGCCCAUCACCCCAGAGAUGCCAGACCUCAGCUCUGUUACACAGGACAUCUGUAAACUUGUGUCCCAGGCUCAGUUAAAGAAGACUGCCACGGCGGUUGUGCACCCAAGUAUCAGGCCAGAAAACCGAGCUGUGAGUCUGUCUGCGGUGUCGGAGAGCGAGUUCCAGAGUUUACCCAGGUACAUGAGGCAGAUGACUCUGUCCAACCUCAACCUGGUGGUCCAAAAAAUCAACAAAUUCACGGCAGAGAGUCAAGGAGAACAGACAGAGUUUCUGAUGGAGGAGCUGAGAGGGAUUUGCUUAGUUGGAAAUAAGACCCCUGUAUACGUCCUUUGUCUGACAGAGCUCAAUAGGCUGAAGCAUACGUUAGGAGACGGGAACAACUCUGCGUACAAACUGUGCACACACAACUAAAAGUGGCUUGGAUACAUUACACUUUGUCCAAUUGGGAGCCCAAAUGAAAUGUCAUCCGGACUCACAAGAACCUGCUUGCAUCCAUCUUAUUUUUUUAUUUUCUUUAUUAUAAAAUGUGAUUAUUUUUGUGAAAUCAUUUACAUCAUCACUUUGUUACAGACCUGAGCUUGAUAAAAGAGGCAGAUGAAUAUUA